CCAAAGCCGCCUCAGGAAACUGCCCGAGUCUGGGGAGGGAGGCGGGAGUGCAAGACCAGGACUCCUGGCUGGCCUGCAAGCUUCGGUCUCAACAGCUAGGAAACUCCUGCGGGCCGAUUCUGCAGAUCUUGGAGCGCCUGGGUUAGGAGGCUCAGCCCGGAGCAAUUGGGGUAAGAGACCCCACCUGGCUGAUGCUCCCUUCUCAAACGAUACAUCGCCCUUCGCCACUAGACGCCUGAGUAGGAUCCAGGGUGGAGCAGGGCUUGGUGGGCCAGUCCUUAGCAACCCAGGGCUAAGACGGGGCGUGGAGAGGAGCAGGCAGAGACGCGGUGGCAGCGCCUGGCGCACUGGGAGUGCAGAGGACGCGCUCGCCUGCUUAGACUGCCGCGCCCUUGACCUCUAGUUUCAGCUAGGAAUCUGGGUGGAGGAAUAACUGAGGAGCCCACGGGACUGACUAGCAACCGAGAGACGAGACUGUGGUCUCCCCCGCGGUCCUUCCGCCCUUUCCCUCGUUCGCUCCAUGCGCAAGAGCUGCGCUCCAGAGCCCUGGAGAGGAAAGACAUGGAAGAAACCGACCCUCAGCGUGCCCCGCCGCCGCCCGCGGGCUCCCAGACCGUGGCUUCUCAAGCCAACCUCUCCUCUGCUCCCCACAACUGCAGCGCCGAGGGCUACAUUUACCAGGACUACAUCGCCCUGCCCUGGAAAGUACUGCUAGUCCUGGUGCUGGCACUCAUCACCUUGGCCACCACGCUCUCCAAUGCUUUUGUGAUUGCCACUGUGUACCGGACCCGGAAGCUGCACACCCCAGCCAACUACCUGAUCGCCUCCCUGGCGGUAACCGACCUGCUCGUUUCCAUCCUGGUGAUGCCCAUCAGCACUAUGUACACGGUCACCGGCCGCUGGACGCUGGGCCAGGUGGUCUGCGACUUCUGGCUGUCGUCGGACAUCACCUGUUGCACUGCGUCCAUCCUGCACCUCUGUGUCAUCGCCCUGGACCGCUACUGGGCCAUCACGGACGCUGUGGAGUACUCCGCUAAAAGGACUACGAAGAGGGCCGCGGUCAUGAUCGCGCUGGUGUGGGUCUUCUCCAUCUCCAUCUCGCUGCCGCCUUUCUUCUGGCGUCAAGCCAAAGCCGAGGAGGAGGUGUGGGACUGCAGGGUGAACACCGACCACAUCCUCUACACAGUUUACUCCACCGUGGGCGCUUUCUACUUCCCCACCCUGCUCCUCAUCGCCCUCUACGGCCGCAUUUAUGUGGAAGCCCGCUCCCGGAUUUUGAAACAGACGCCCAACAGGACCGGCAAGCGCUUGACCCGAGCUCAGCUGAUAACCGACUCCCCCGGGUCCACGUCCUCGGUCACCUCCGUGAACUCCCGGGCUCCCGAUGUGCCCAGCGAAUCCGGGUCCCCUGUGUACGUGAACCAAGUCAAAGUGCGAGUCUCUGACGCCCUGCUAGAGAAGAAGAAGCUCAUGGCCGCUAGGGAGCGCAAAGCCACUAAGACCCUGGGGAUCAUUUUGGGAGCCUUUAUUGUGUGUUGGCUGCCCUUCUUCAUCAUCUCCCUGGUGAUGCCUAUUUGCAAGGAUGCUUGCUGGUUCCACCUGGCCAUCUUUGACUUCUUCACGUGGCUAGGCUAUCUCAACUCCCUGAUCAAUCCCAUCAUCUAUACCAUGUCCAAUGAGGACUUCAAACAAGCAUUCCAUAAACUGAUACGCUUUAAGUGCACAGGUUGACUUGUCAGUUGCAAUGGGGUAGCCUAAGCGGCCUUUGGGGACCAUGUUGUGUCUGGUUCCACAGGUAGGUCGACUCUUCUUUCACUGUUACUGGGUCGGAUUGAGGCUCUGUCUUCUGGGCAAGGGCAAUGGAUCCUGAGAAGCCAGGACAGCCCUGAGAGAGAGAGAGAGAGAGCGAGAGCGCGCGCGAGAGAGCGCUGGAGCUCUCAGAGGAGAACUUGUUCAAACUAAAGAUAGAGCUUCCCUGCUGAGGAGGAAGCUCACUUUCUCCCCUCACACCCCAGGUCCAGCACUGACCCUGCAGCAGCCAAUCACAAGGGGAGGGUUGUAACUUUAAAAAUCAAUGAUGGAAGGGGUAUCCCUGCCCUGCUUUGGUAUCCUGGAUCCUGCCCUCUAGAACCGGAGGUACUUGUAGUUAUCUGAAUCCUGUCUGAGACAGAUCUGCAUAGAGCCUGGCAGUACUUGAACUAGAAGCUUGAGACCCUUUGUUUUGGGGAGAACUUUGAGUUAACAACUUCAUUUAAGAAGAGUUAUUUUGGCAUUCUUCAGUCUUCAGUUUCUGUUUAUUUAAACUUGGUUGGAGAAACUUGUGGAUUUGGUGCUUCAAACCUUAUGUGUGGCGUGGAUGAU